AUCCACGAUAAGGUCGGAAUUCGGAAGUGACUCGGAGUGACUCUCGGAGCAUCAUGCAUGAUCAACAUGAACCCACCUGAACUUCAUACACUUUCAGUUUACGAAAGGUCGCCGGACACCAGUCGCCACCCAAUCCAUCAUGUUUAUCAUAAAUGGAAAUCUUCAAGCUUCUGAAUCUAAAUCAGAUCUACUAGUUCCUUGAUGGCCAGGCAUGUGCUUCACAUUAGUUCUUAUCGAUCAUCGAUGGGCUACUCUACUCCAUGGUCUGGCGCGAUUGUUACGAAUGCACUAAUAUAAUAGGCGCCUUUCCUUAAUUUGCAUAAAGUCAUAGCGCUGCCACAGAGGCCUAGGGUUACGUUUUGCACUCUCCCAAUGGAUCCCAUCACCAGCGGUCUCACCAUUCUUCAGGUCGUUCAAACCGUAGCGCAAGCUUCAGCUCUUUUGUAUGGAUAUGUUGCCAGCGUCCGCGAUGCUGACUCGUCCUCCCGGGGUCUGCUUAAUGAGCUCCGUUCAAUCGGUGGAAUCCUCACCACCGUAAUGGAGAUCGAGAAGGACAGUUCUCUUCCAGAUAACCUCCGCGGUGCACUUUCGUGUUUAAUGGCUGAAGAUGGACCAGUCGCUAAAUUACAGGUCGAACUGAAGAACCUUCUGCCAAACGAGCAGAGGAGUAGGGGAGCGGGCAUGAUAGACAAAUUGAAGUGGCCAUUCAAGGAAAAGACAGCGGCGGCUAUUGUCGAUAAAUUGAAGGACUAUUGUCGCGAGAUUACAGUAAUUCUAGAAAUCGACGCAUGGCGAGGAGUCCAGGACGUUCAUCGAGGAGUCCAGAAAGUAGAGAAAGAUUCUGUCGCAAAACAGGUGCGCGAGAAUGCUGAGGAACGGCGAAAGUUACUUAAGUGGAUGACUCCCGUGUCUUGUAAAACACAGCACGACAAGUCCGUUGACUGGCGCAGCGCUGAGACCGGUCUGUGGAUUUUCGAGACCGAUCAGUAUAAGAUCUGGAAUGCAUCCGAUUGCGCGUUCUUAUGGUUGAAUGGCCAGCCUGGUGCUGGAAAGACCAUUCUCACCUCUGCUGUCAUCGACAAAAUCCGAGGAGAUGGGCAAGCAGAACCACAGACGCUUGCUUAUUUCUAUUGCAAUUUUCGGGACGAGCAGACGACAGUCGCAGCUGCAGUAUUGCGCACGUUGAUUUUUUACCUUCUCCAAGAAUCGAAAGACGAUUGGAUCACCAAGAUAGGCAAGCCAGAGCAACAAAGAUCAGAUUCAGAAGGGAAUUUUGUUUCCCUGCGAAAGCUAGCAGAGGAGUACAGGGACGGAAAUCAGUGUUCUACGGAUCUUGGUUUUCUACGGAAGCUUCUGGUUGAAGUGUCUAAGCUAGUUCCCCGACCAGUCCUCGUGAUUGACGCCUUGGAUGAAUGCAAGGAUUAUUGCAACCUCCUAGGACACCUCGCAACUCUUGCUCAAGACGCUCGACUGCGACUCUUCGUCACUGGUAGAAUCGAGCCCGACAUCAAGGAUACUUUCCAUCAUCUCCCAACCGUUUCGCUGAAGGAGAAAGGAAAACAAAUGAAAGAAGACAUACGUGUGCACAUUAACAAGCAGCUCCAAACCCAGAAGCGUUUGUCGCGCCUAGAUGAAGAACUGAGAAUCGCGAUUUUGGAGAAAUUGUUAGAAAAGGCCGAUGGCAUUAUUCGGAAGGCUCUUGAUAACCUUCCAAAAGGACUAUACGAGACAUAUGACAGAAUUAUUCACUCUAUCGAAGAAAGAAGUAACGACGACGGGCCAAUUGCCAAGAGCUGCUUGCUUUGGCUCGCUGGCGCACUCACCCCAUUGACGCUUGACCAGCUCAACGAAGCGUUGAUGAUCGAAGUUGGGAAGUCAAGUCUUAAUCCGGAGCUCCGUGCCAAUGACCCUAUGGAUAUCGUGGUCGCAUGCGGAAGCUUUGUGACCUAUGACGAGGCAACCGGUGUCGUUGGUCUAUCUCAUUAUAGCGUUAAAGAAUACUUGAUCAGCCCUCGCCCGAAUAGCAUCCUAAAAUCGAUCUCAGAUGUGCACGCACGCAUCUGCGAGCUUUCGAUCACGUAUUUGUUGUGCGACUUUGUGGGUGAGAUGUGCGCAAAAGCUGUACAAUCAGCCGCACAAGCCGCUGCAAGGAAUAACACUCGACAUCCUGACCAUCCAUUGCUGAACUAUGCAGUUGGAGGAUUGAAACACCUUAGACAUGUUUCGGACGAGGAUCCUGCCUUCAUGGCCACCCUGUCGCGGCUACAGCCGGAGCUUCCUCGGACAGCAAAGCACAUUGAUAUGUUGGGAUAUCCAGCUCUAUAUCGCUGGUCCUCAGUCACUUCGCCAUCACCUCUAUUCGUUCCUAUUGGGCUCGGAACGCCAUGGAUGGUGGAAUUUCUCGUCAAGCAGCAACCCGAUGUACUAGACAUAGACAUUGCCUCUUGUUGGGGUUCUCCCUUGAUUUUCGCCAUAUCCGAGAACCCUGACAUGCUCGAUAUUCUCCUGAAGCUCGGUAUCGAUCGCAACAAGCCUUCUUCCUUCACGCCCCGUGUAUACGGCUGGGAUAAUCCUCCUGACGGCUCCUAUCCUCCAAUUUCAUGGGCAGCUGCGAUUAGAAGCAAAGUCGCCCUGGAUUUCUUGCUGUUACGAACGAAGGCCAACUUACCUGAUGACAUUCUGCACGUGGCCAUUGCGGCGAGCAGGGUGAGGAGGAUGAGCAGGAUGUUCAGGGCGAUAUGGGUGUCCACCGAAGUUAUUCGCAAAUGUCGUCAACACGGCGCGGAUGUCAAUUUCACUGUCAAUGGUUCCACACCUAUCCAUACUUUUCUUUCCAACCAGAAAUUUCGCUUCCUCGACUUAAGGCGACGGCUACUAGUCGUACAAGCGCUCGUUGAACCAUCAUGCAAUCUUUCUAUGCAGGACUUGACUGCCAGAACCGUGCUACACAUUGCUCUUGACAGACAUCUAGAAAAUGUCGUCGAAUACCUCCUUGAGCAGAACGCACAGUUGUCAGCAACAGCGACUCUCCAUCCAGACAUGUGGAGUUGGGCUAAAAAUGAAACGUGGUUUCCCAAGAUUCAAGCAGCGAUUCUCGCUGCCGAUAGACCGUGCACUAGAAUCAGAGGGAAGGUGGUUGAUACUACUCAGGAAUUCCUACUCGUCGAAUUUCCAGGCGCAGUCAAUGCCGCUCGCGAAUACCCCAAUCCUAUUUGUGCUGUCGUUAUUUCUGCGAUACUCUAUGGGCCAAGUAAGUAACCGCUCUCUCUCAGCCAAACAAUUUACCGAGUGGCGAAGCCUUCGACCUGUCCCAGUGCGGGCAUCACUGCGGGCGCAUUCGCGGGCCGUCGGCCGUCCUUUCAUGCGGUCAAUUGUCGUUCAAAUUUUCAUGGGCAAAGCAUCAGCGUGUCUCUAGCCGGCUGUUCGACUAUCGUCAGGGGGACGACGUCAGCAGUAUACUACGACAGUUAGUAACCGAGGAUAAAGACUCGCCAACCUCCCUUUUUCUUGAGAUCUCGGACUCCCAGCCAUCGGAUGCCUGGUCUGCGAUGCCGAUACCACAUGACAUCGGGGUAGAGUACACACUUGAUAUCUACCGAGGUCCUAUCCAUUAAUUCAUCACACAAGUGUUACGCAUGGCCGAAUAAUAUACGACAGCUGGUGUCAUGCCGAACCCCAAUGUAAUACUGCACGGCCUGCAACUGGGCAUAUAUAAACCUUUAUAAACGUUUC